CCGCUAUCCUAAGGAUUUAGUCACGAAUCGUAGCAGUCCGCUUUUUGCUGGAACAACGUCAAUGGCAUGUUAGUUGUAAGCUGAUUAUUCCUAAUGGAGUUAACACUCAGCACUUGGUUGGUUGGGGGUUGUUCCCGCUCCAGAUCGACAGUCACGGACAUGGCAUCAACCACAGUUUCAUAUACCAUGUUUCCAAGUUCAGACCACGGUCAGAUGACAGGUGUUAACGCGUCUGCAGGGCUACCAUUCAUCGAAUGCAGUACCGACUGCGGCCUUGCAGAUGUGUCCGAACGGACGAUGCAACCGCGCCCAUGUCUCUGGGAUUCAGACGCCCUACGAUCGGGUUUCGGAGCUUCCAUACAAAUCCACGUCCUGGACCGAACAGUCAGUGCCAUCAUAUGUUCGUCGGAUCGGCGAGUGCGACCACAGUUGAAAGACCAAACACAUCAUACACACAUCGUCAGUUUUCCGCCUCGAAGCAUGGCGACGUCUUUCCUCAAGGACGUGCCCACUCUUGGCUCUUGCUAUAUAGCUUUGCUAUUAUGCGCAUCUCUCAUCACCAACUCAACAAGUUUGAGAACCUCAAUCCAUCACUCCUUACCUUCUUGCUGGCAAGCCACACUCAUUCAGGCGUAUACUCUUAACGUGGUGUAUUUCACUCCACUCAACUUCACCACUCCUUCGAUCAGCGGCUGGAUCUUCCGUAUCCCUCUCCUCAAUCCUACCGCAGCAUCCGCCUCAUACACUAGCCUCGACUAUCCCGCAUCAUGUCUUCUCGCUCAAGUGACUCUGACACCCACUCCCAGCGAGCCUAUCCAAGGGUCGAACAAGGCGUCCGAGAAAACCCGCCUUCACUGUCCUCGAGAAUCAGAGUCGACUCGACAGACUUUAGAAACAUGGGUGCUCACUUCUCUUCACCUACGACAAAGGCCUUCUACCCAGAUGACAUCGAAUUCAGCGAGAGCGAGACAUCAUCGGAACCGAGGGAGUCCAGCUUGACCCCACAACCCAUGACUAUCCAGGCAUUAUCGCAGGACCACAAAGACCGUCCUACCAGCAACUCACCUUCGACACCCACACCCUCACCCGCACAGCGCGGGCCCUACCUGGAACCUUCAGAAUUUCCCGAAUUCAAGCGCCAACAAGAGCUUAAAAGGAAGCGCCCAGUCAGCUCAGGUACGCCGCA